AUUUAUACAGAUCAAUUAUUUAUCGAGUAAUAAAAUCGAGUACGAAAUAUCGAUUCGAAACUAAAUAGUGAUCCCCAUUCCUCCCUGGAAAAAGAUAUUUGAACAAUUCUUUUGUACAAAGAAAAACAUAGACUAAUUAGGAAAUCCGAAGAAGAAAAAGGGGGGGAAUAAUCAGCAGUGACGAACAAUGGCGAUGGUUUCUAGCCUUUCAACACUGCGUGAGCGCACGCAGAUGCCGCGAGUGUUCUGUAGAAAGAAAGAGAAAGGAGGCCCAAACAAUUACCCGUACAAAGUUACCGAAAUCACUCCUCCGCCAAAGAACCUCGGCGUUCGCUGCUUUCCCUUGAACUUGCAGUGUGGCGAGAGUGUGACAAUUGAAGGCCAAACUUAUACCAUAUCGGCCGUAACUCAUCGUUAUCAACUUAGGAAAGGGAAAUAUGAACCUAGUGAGAAAAGGCUCGACGUGUUGUCGACUGGAAGAUACAUAUUGAACUUGUAUUUGGAAAAUCUGCUCGAAAGAUCAUAAUUCCGGACUUUAUUAGAUUUUUUUUAUCAGUACAUUGUGGAAAUCUGUCUCUCCUGCUUUAUUGUAUGAUAAGAUGCUCUGUGGUCAGUUGUAUGGACUAUGGAUAUGCAUUUUAUGAAUCAUUGUAGUUAAUUUUGGUGCAUUAUUUAUUGGUAUGAUGAAGUGAAAUGUGAAUUUAUAAGUUAUGUGUUAAGGAAAAAGAGAG